UCCUUGUUCCAGCAGUAAACAGGUGUUGUGGGGGUCAGCCUAUAACAAAACUUGUCAGGUAUGCGGCUGGUGUGUAACGUGGAAUGCUUGGGAGGGACAUAAAUACAGCCUUUGGAAAGUGGAGACGACAGCACUGGACGAUCAAACGCAAUACACACUGCGCUCCAGGUGAAAGCGUUGACUCCAGCCUCUGACUUCUCCACAGAUAACGGCAGAGUUUUCAGUUUACAGCAUCAAUCCCCAACAGAAUGCUCUCUCUCCUGAUUGUCGGGUUCUCCCUCUGCACCUUCACAUGGGCUGUGCCUUCGCCACAGUACUACUCCUACUCUCCUGCUGUGGGGUCCGGCAGUGGAAGUCCUUACAGCACUGAAGGGGUUGGCCGCAUCACAGCAGUCAGGAUCUGGGAGAAUUACUCCUCCUACAUCCAAGGCAUCCAACUCCGAUACGAGUACUCCUGGGGCCCUGUGAUUGGGAGGUCUUCUGGCACAGAGCAAGAGAUCUUGCUGUUCGACGGAGAGGCCAUCAUCCAGGUUUCAGGAAAAUACCAGCAGCACAACUACAUCUACCAGCUGGUGUUCACCACCAACAGGGGUCGGUCCCUCUUGGCCGGACAGGCCAGUGGACUGUCCUUCAACUUCUACCCCGCCCACAGCGAGAGUGAGCUGCGCUUCAUCAGUGGCCGCCAAAACGGGAAUGGAAUCACCUCUCUGGGGGCCCACUGGGGGAUGGUCUACGAGGAGCCGAGUGCAUCAAAUGGCACAGGACACAGCAUGGAGGAGGCAACCGCUGGCCACUAGAAAAGCCAGGCAGCAAGGAGUCUCCUCAUUCAUCUAAAUCCCAUCGCUAAAGAACCAGAGCAUUAUUCUUUAUCAUUAGCAUUCCAAUCCAUGCCUGCCUGAAGUAGGAGACACCUUUGAGACAUCCAUGUAAGCUGGGUAAUGGAAACAGUUAGGAAAAUGGGAAA